AUGAACACUCAGCUGCUCGCUGAAUUUCCAGAACUCGGCCAUCUCUCGAGACAGGACCUCGAAGAUCUACUAACAGAUCAAGAAUACUUUCAGGCCGUCUUCAUGGGACUUCCACGCGUCCAGGCCAUGCUCCAGUCUGUCGUCGAACUCGGACGAGCAAACGAGGCGAUAGCCAACAAGAAUCUCUCCCUGCGCGAUAGUCUCUUUCGCCUUCGGUCAGAGACGCAACAGGCGUUUGACGAAGCCAAGGCACUAGAGGCUCGGAGUAAACAGCUGGAGCGUGAGCAAAAGGAAUUGCAUCAGCGAUAUACCGCCUCUUUUCUACUCAUGAGGCUGCGACAUGCGACGACUGCACUAGAGGAGCAAUCGGAGAGCACAGCGACGAGCUUUGUCCAGGGAACUCCGAGUGACGGAAAUGGAUCGCCGAUGGACGUAGAAGACUUUAUCCGGACAUUUAAGGAACAAAGAGUACAGUACCAUAAGCGUGCUAUUUGGGGGGAACAGUGGGCCGCGGGCAAGGUCACCUGGCCGGAGCACUGA